CUCGAGCCCUGACCCUCUCUUCCACGACUUAGCCUAUGGCCGAUGCCGGCGCCGGCAUCGACGCCCGUGGGUGCCGAAGAAGAGGACACCGCUUUGAUCGAGCCAAGCGCUGGAUCUGCUCCCGCCACCGCCCCGGCCGCGGCCGCCAGCGGAGGGGAGUGCGACUGGUUGUGCCGCUGGUUGUGCCGCUGGCGGCUUUGCAUUCUGUUGCCACUGGGGGUAUUGAUUUUCUUCCUGGGCAAGGAAUGGAACUCAUUGAAUCUUGGGAUCAGUGACUCUUUGCCCAGCAACUUCAGCAGCAGCUCCUUGGCCUCGGCGGCCAAUGCCGUGUCUUCAGCCUUCACGGCUGUGGCACCGGAGGCCUCGGAGGACCUGCAGGAGUUGCUCACGAAGGCGGUCGAGUGCUUGCGCCUCACCACGCCUGAGCUGGAUGGCAUCAAGUACCCCAGUGAUGCUGAGGAGCAUUUCCUGGAGGUCAACAGGACCUUAGCCAGCUUCCUUCCCCGGCACGUGCCGAUGCACAAGUGGCUCUUAUAUCAGGGCCCAUGGAUCGAAAAUUUCUGGAUCAACCGCUUCAGUCAGAAGUGGCUGGAACGUCCUCGAGGCACCCGCUUGCAUGAGAUCUUCGGACCUUUCAUCCCCAUCUUCGUUCCCUUUGUGGAUUUGAAGGUCAUGAUGAAGGGCAAGUAUCCUCCAGGCUUGAUGGAGGCGUUGAACCGGACCUUGCGGCGGGACUGUUUGUACGUCACGGUGUCCCAGCACGAUGAGGGCCUUUUCGGCAUGCCUCGGGGAGCCGAGCGGAAACAGGUCGAUCGUAUCCAACAGUCCAGCAUUCCGAACCUCUUGGUCUUCAGUGCUGGCGGCUAUGGACACGUGCCACUCCCAUUGCUGAAGCAGCCGGAAGAGCCCCUGCCGGCCACUCCCCGCCUGGCGCAGCGGCCCUUCUUUGCUGGCUUUGUUGGUGGGAAGAACGCGCCUGCUGUGCGGACGCAAAUGUGUGACGAUGUUCGGAGCUGGGCCGACAAGAACCAGAAGGAGGUGAAAUUCAUCUUUGGCUACGUGAAGAAUUGGAAGGACAUUCUGCAAAACAGUUCGCUGGGUCUCUCUCCUCGCGGCUGGGGACGGAACUCCUUCCGAACCAUCGAGCUCCUCCAGAUGGGCCGCAUCCCGGUCUACGUGUGGAGUGAUGAGCCAUGGCUGUUCUAUCGCCACUUGUGGGAUCAAGAGCAGAUCGGCUUCGCGUCGCAUUUCACGGAGCUGCCGCAGACCUUCGACCAUAUCGCCGCAGAUAUCCACAAAUUGGAGGCGAUGGAGCAGCGGAUCUUGGAGCUUCGGGAGAGUCAUUUCAGCUUCGACGGCGUGAUCCAGUGGCGAGACAGACGUGGCGAGACACGCGACCAUCACUGGGAUGGCGUGGAGGAUGGUGAAUGCGUUUGGUGUGGUGUGGUGUAAAAGCAAUGCUUUCAGAGUGGGUGGUGCAGACCCCAAGGUGUCUUUUAGAUGGGGGUUCAUAAUUAAGAAUCACCUUUUGUAUCCUUUUGUAGAGUGCGCCAUGAUGUGGAUUGUUAGCUUGGAACCCAAAAAAGGCAUGACGAUGGGUGAACCUCCGCGGUCAGACUUGAGAGAGAAAGAACAGAGAGCAGCUUGCAGGUGGGUGCUUUUUGAACGCACAGCAGCGAGAAGAAGACUGCAACCUCUCCCAGUUCCGCCCAGUUCCCAAUGUGGUAAAGAAGAUGUUUUUUCUAUGUCGGUUGAAUCGAAGGGGAUUUUAUUUCGUCCGUUUAUGGGCCCUAUUGCUUGGGAUUCAGAUGAAUACCACGAAGCAGUGCGGGUGUUGGGCAGCCUGAUCUCAGGUGUUCCUGCACACGGUCAUUUCCAACACAGACCACUAACCACUAACCCUUUUGAGUUCCUUACUUUCCCC